GGGGAAAAUGGCGGCGUCUGCGGCGGUGGUGUUUGUGACCUUCGGCCGCCUUCUGGGCCGCAGCCUCGGGCCCAGCCGGGGCUUCCCCGCGGCCGCCAGAUGUUUUGGUGUGCAGAUAUCGCCCACGGGGGAGAAAAUUACCCACACGGGCCAGGUUUAUGAUGAAGAUGAUUACAGGAGGAUUCGCUUUGUUGGUCGCCAGAAAGAGGUAAAUGAAAACUUUGCAAUUGAUUUGAUAGCAGAGCAACCAGUGUGCAAAGUGGAAAGUCGAGUGAUAUCAUGUGAUGGUGGAGGAGGCGCUCUGGGUCACCCAAAAGUGUAUAUAAACUUGGACAAAGAGACUAAAACUGGGACUUGUGGGUAUUGUGGACUUCAGUUUAAACAAGAUCACCAUCACUGAAACCAGUUAUAUUCUUUGGACCUUGUACAAGUUUCUGCAUGUAAGAAUUUUGGUAUUUUAAAAAAAUGUAUUUAAGAAUCACAAAACAUAAGCCUUGUUUAAAAAAUAUUCUAUGAAUAGAACAUAAUUGUUGAGUAUAAGUUUAAAGUGACUUUUUCCCCAUGAAAUACAGCCCUUGAAUUGCAUUGUUUUUUAUAAAUGUAUGGUCAAGUCAGUCAGUCUUUUAACACAUUGGCUUGGUCUCUUUUAAGAAAAAUCAAAACCUUUCUGUUAGCAAAUAUUAAAAUAAAGUUACUUUAAUCUGUUUAUAUGUUGAAUUGUUGGUGAUAGUUUAGAGAUUAUAAAGACAACCUUACAUAGAUUAGAAAAAGAACUGAACUCUUAAGUCAGAAAACUAAAUUUGCCUUUCAGUUCUGAUACUAGCUUUAUAAUCAUAGAUAAAUCACGUAAUCUCUCAGAGUUUAUCUGUAAAAUGGGAUGGUUUUUUUCUUAUGAUAUCAUAUAUGAACAUUUCAAUAUUAAGAAUGGAAAAGAGAGUUGUAAUUAAACUAUUAUGUAUAGUUUAUAUAUGUUUAUGCCUGGCACAUAUAAUAGUAGGCGCUUAAUAAAAAUAUCAAUUGAUUGUAUGUAUUAAAUUUAAUAUGAUAGUAAGAAAACUUCUGCUUGUCUUUGUCCCCUUUUGAACUUCUGCUCUUUUCUGUAUAUCUUAAAAUAUAAAAUGUUUUGCUGAUAAUCUUUUUUUCUUGCAUCAUUAUGACAGUUAUUCAGUUUCUAUCCCUACUAAGGGGAAGCCCUUCCUUGUGACAAAUAGCUGUAGCCAAGCAAACAGAUCAACAUAUUGACCAUGUCUGAAAAAAUGUAUGUCUUCUUUUGUACCAUUAUUCCAUCACUUGUUCCAAGAUGCAAAGAAAUAAAGAAUGCUUCACAAAAAAAAAA